AUGACGUCACUGCCAUUUCCGAUCAGGAAGUCGUCAGUCAAGCACCCUUCGAAAGUGGAAGACAGUUCCGAACUACCACAGCCGAGCACAGAAUUCGCUCAGCCAGUUCUUUCGAAACAGGAACUGGACCACAUCGCGUACAUCACGAGCCUAGCCGAAAGAUCAUCUUUCGAAGCUCCAGAACGGCCUCCACUGCCUAGAAGAAUGGCUUCAGAACAACAUGAAAUGGAGAAAGAGCUCAGCGAAGACAGGUCCAGCGCCACUUCCAACGCAGAUCAGUUCGAAGAAGGGUCUUUCGAUGACGUCACUGCGAUUUCCGAUCAGGAAGUCGUCAGUCAAGCACCCUCCGAAGUGGAAGACAGUUCCGAACUACCACAGCCGAGCACAGAAUUCGCUCAGCCAGUUCUUUCGAAACAGGAACUGGACCACAUCGCCUACAUCACGAGCCUAGCCGAAAGAUCAUCUUUCGAAGCUCCAGAACGGCCUCCACUGCCUAGAAGAAUGGCUUCAGAACAACAAGAAAUGGAGAAAGUGCUCAGCGAAGACAGGUCCAGCGCCACUUCCAACGCAGAUCAGUUCGAAGAAGGGUCUUUCGAUGACGUCACUGCCAUUUCCGAUCAGGAAGUCGUCAGUCAAGCACCCUUCGAAGUGGAAGACAGUUCCGAACUACCACAGUCGAGCACAGAAUUCGCUCAGCCAGUUCUUUCCAAACAAGAGCUGGACCACAUCGCGUACAUCACGAGCCUAGCCGAAAGAUCAUCUUUCGAAGCUCCAGAACGGCCUCCACUGCCUAGAAGAAUGACUUUAGAACAACAUGAAAUGGAGAAAGAGCUCAGCGAAGACAGGUCCAGCGCUACUUCCGAUGCAGAUCAGUUCGAAGAGCGCUCUUUCGAUGACGUCACUGCCAUUUCCGAUCAGGAAGUCGUCAGUCAAGCACCCUCCGGAGUGGAAGACAGUUCCGAACUACCACAGCCGAGCACAGAAUUCGCUCAGCCAGUUCUUUCGAAACAGGAACUGGACCACAUCGCCUACAUCACGAGCCUAGCCGAAAGAUCAUCUUUCGAAGCUCCAGAACGGCCUCCACUGCCUAGAAGAAUAGCUUUAGAACAACAUGAAAUGGAGAAAGAGCUCAGCGAAGACAGGUCCAGCGCCACUUCCAACGCAGAUCAGUUCGAAGGAGGGUCUUUUGAUGACGUCACUGCCAUUUCUGACCAAGAAGUCGUCAGUCACGCGCCCUACGAAAUGGAAGAGAGCUCCGAACUACCACAGCCGAGCACAGAAUUCGCUCAGACAGUUCUUUCGAAACAGGAACUGGACCACAUCGCCUACAUCACGAGCCUAGCCGAAAGAUCAUCUUUCGAAGCUCCAGAACGGCCUCCACUGCCUGGAAUAAUGGCUUCAGAACAACAAGAAAUGGAGAAAGAGCUCAGCGAAGACAGAUCCAGCGCCACUUCCAACGCAGAUCAGUUCGAAGAAGGGUCUUUCGAUGACGUCACUGCCAUUUCCGAUCAGGAAGUCGUCAGUCAAGCACCCUUCGAAAUGGAAGACAGUUCCGAACUACCACAGCCGAGCACAGAAUUCGCUCAGCCAGUUCUUUCGAAACAGGAACUGGACCACAUCGCCUACAUCACGAGCCUAGCCGAAAGAUCAUCUUUCGAAGCUCCAGAACGGCCUCCACUGCCUAGAAGAAUGACUUUAGAACAACAUGAAAUGGAGAAAGAGCUCAGCGAAGACAGGUCCAGCGCUACUUCCGAUGCAGAUCAGUUCGAAGAGCGCUCUUUCGAUGACGUCACUGCCAUUUCCGAUCAGGAAGUCGUCAGUCAAGCACCCUUCGAAGUGGAAGACAGUUCCGAACUACCACAGCCGAGCACAGAAUUCGCUCAGCCAGUUCUUUCCAAACAAGAGCUGGACCCCAUCGCGUACAUCACGAGUCUAGCCGAGCAAUCAUCUUUCCAAGCUCCAGAACGGCCUCCACUGCCUAGAAGAAUGGCUUCAGGACAACAUGAAAUGGAGAAAGAGCUCAGCGAAGACAGGUCCAGCGCUACUUCCAACGCAGAUCAGUUCGAAGAAGGGUCUUUCGAUGACGUCACUGCGAUUUCCGAUCAGGAAGUCGUCAGUCAAGCACCCUUCAAAGUGGAAGACAGUUCCGAACUACCACAGUCGAGCACAGAAUUCGCUCAGCCAGUUCUUUCCAAACAAGAGCUGGACCACAUCGCGUACAUCACGAGCCUGGCCGAAAGAUCAUCUUUCGAAGCUCCAGAACGGCCUCCACUGCCUAGAAGAAUGGCUUCAGGACAACAUGAAAUGGAGAAAGAGCUCAGCGAGGACAGGUCCAGCGCUACUUCCAACGCAGAUCAGUUCGAAGAAGGGUCUUUCGAUGACGUCACUGCGAUUUCCGAUCAGGAAGUCGUCAGUCAAGCACCCUUCGAAGUGGAAGACAGUUCCGAACUACCACAGCCGAGCACAGAAUUCGCUCAGCCAGUUCUUUCGAAACAGGAACUGGACCACAUCGCGUACAUCACGAGCCUAGCCGAAAGAUCAUCUUUCGAAGCUCCAGAACGGCCUCCACUGCCUAG